AUGGCGUCAUUUAGCUUCCCCAAUAUGCUGCCGAACAUGAUGGCAGCUAAUAUGAUGGGUCUCAACAUGGGAGGCGUUGGCCUUGUCCAGCAGCAGCAGCAGCAACAGCAACAGUUCCAAUCUCAGCUUCAGCAAACACCUCAACGUAAAUCGCUUUUCGCUCCUUAUCUUCCCCAGGCAUCGCUGCCGCCCCUCUUGGCAGCUGGCAAACUUGUUGUUGGUAUUCUCCGCGUGAACAAGCGCAACCGGUCCGAUGCAUAUGUUGCCACAGAAGUUCUCGAUGCCGAUAUCUACAUCUGUGGCUCCAAGGACCGGAACCGUGCUUUGGAAGGUGACAUCGUGGCCAUUGAGCUUCUGGACGUUGACGAGGUUUGGGGCACCAAGAAGGAGAAAGAGGAAAAGAAGAGGAAGAAGGAAGAGAACUCUGCCUACGACUUCAAGUCUACUGCUGGUCGUAAAGACGACAAAAAGAAAGACGACGUGGAGGUCGAGGGCCAGGGCUUGAUGUUGUUCGAAGACGAAGAGGUCACUGACGAGGUUAAACCCCAAUAUGCAGGCCAUGUUGUUGCUGUCGUGGAGCGCAUGCCCGGUCAGCUAUUUUCUGGGACCCUCGGUCUUCUACGCCCGUCGUCGGCCGCUACCAAGGAGAAGCAGGAAGCUGAACGCCGAGAGCGUGAAGGCGACCGUGGAGAUGAGCCACGACGCCCUAUUGAACGUCCCAAGAUUGUCUGGUUUAAGCCUACUGACAAGCGUGUGCCCCUAAUUGCGAUACCUACCGAACAGGCCCCUCCCGAUUUCGUCCAAAAUUCUGAGGCUUACGCUAACAAACUUUUUGUCGCCUGCAUCAAGCGCCACCCCAUCAGCUCUCUUCACCCCUUCGGGACUCUCGCAGAGGAACUUGGACCCAUUGGCGACAUUGAAGUUGAGACAAGUGCUCUACUUAAGGACUGCAACUUCCCAACCGAGGAGUUCUCCGAGAGUGUCAUGAAGUGUCUCCCACCGACUCCGUGGACCAUUCCAGAGCGCGAAUUUGAAGUCCGCAAAGAUCUGCGCCAGGAGCGUAUUUUCACCAUUGACCCUGAGUCGGCUAAAGACCUCGAUGAUGCCGUUUCCGUCAAGCUGAACGACGACGGCACUUAUGACAUUGGUGUUCACAUUGCUGAUGUAUCAUUCUUCGUGAAGCCCAACACGGCCCUUGACCGUGACGCCCGGAAGAGGGCAACUAGUGUCUAUCUCGUCCAGCGCGCCGUGCCGAUGCUUCCACCCAUUCUCAGUGGCGAGGUUUGUAGUCUGAACGCAGGCCAAGACCGCCUUGCUUUUAGUGCUGUUUUCACAACGACCAAGGACGCUAAAGUUGUCAAGAAGUGGUUUGGCAAAACUAUCAUCAAAUCUGCCGCAAAGCUGUCGUAUGAUGAUGCCCAGAGGGUCAUUGAUGGACACCCUUUGACAGAUAUUGUGGUGACGCCGGAACACGAGGCCUCUGCCAUCGAGCAUGACAUUAAGGUUCUUUACGACAUUGCGAAACAACUCCGUGAUACUCGCUAUAAGAAUGGAGCUUUGAGCUUGUCCUCUAUGCGGUUGCAGUUCAAGCUGGAUAGCGAGGGCAAGCCCGUUGAUUGCUGGCAGCAAGAACGCAACGAAGCUCAAAGCCUCAUUGAGGAGUUUAUGCUCCUCACGAAUAUAUCCGUCGCCCAGCGUGUUGCGGUUCACCUUCCGGAGCAGGCACUUCUCCGCAGGCACGAUACUCCACUUGAAAGGCGCAUGAACGCCCUGGCCGACCGCGCACGUCGCCUUGGUAUUGAGAUCGAUACUUCCUCUGCGGGAGCUAUGAUGCGUUCCCUGGAGGGUGUCAACAACCCGACCGCCCGCAAACUUCUUGAACUUCUCUCCUUCAAGGCCACUCAACGCGCCAAGUACUUCUGUGCCGGUAUGCUGGACAUUGCAAAAUACAACCACUACGCUCUCAGCAUCCCUUUGUAUACUCAUUUCACCUCUCCUAUCCGUCGUUAUGCGGAUGUUCUUGUUCAUCGUCAAUUAGAAUCCGUCUUGCAAGGUGGUGCGGAACCCAAAUUUACUAUGGAUAGGGAUGCUGUGGCGAAGGUCGCUCAGCAAUGUAAUAUUAAGAAGGAUUCGGCCAAACUAGCCCAGGAACAAUCUGCACACUUGUACCUUUGCGUUCUUGUCUCGGACCUUACCCAAAGCUAUGGUCCCGUCAUUCGCCAAGCCAAGGUUGUUGGCGUCCUUGACGCUGCUUUUGAUGUCUUGAUCCCUGAAUUUGGCAUCGAGAAGCGCGUACAUGUUGACCAGAUGCCCAUCGACAACCACGUCUACGACGAGCACACCCACACGCUCCAAAUUUACUGGUCCAACCGGGAUGUCAUCACUUGGCUUGCGGAGCACAGUGAUGAUGAGCACCUGAAAAAGGUCAAGCAGAAUGCAGAACAACAUGCUACCAAGAUGGAGGUGGCAUCCCGCUCCGUCCAUGACGAGCAUGCACUCUUUGAUGAAGACGACGCUGAGGAAGACGAGAUUGUCCUCGGUAGAGACAAGAAGACCGAGAAGCAGAACGAAACAUCCAAACAGCGUCUACUAUCUGCUGCCAAAGUACAGCCCACCUUUGAAGGCCUCAGGACCUCGCCUUCUGGCCACAAGAUCCAGGAUAUUAAGGAGCUAAUGACUGUCCCGGUUAUCGUUACUGCCGACCUGACCAAGAGCCCUCCUGUAAUCAAGGUGUACAGUGUCAAUCCUUACGCUGCCUCCAAGAACCAGAAGUAG